GUAGAUUUUGACCCAAUUUUCAACGUUGCAUUGUUAGCUCCCAAAAUAUCAAGUAAAUUUUUAAGUUUCAUAUGUUCUGAUUUUUUAACAUGUCCAAUUCGCCUAUCUUAAUCAAUAGAAAACAUGUUUUCUUUUUAUUUAUUGAGACCAUUUUUGGUGAAUACUUUAGUAAAUUGAUCAAACGAUUUGUUAACAAUGGUUGCCUAUUACAUGGAUCCUUAAAAAGUCUUGCAAAAUACAAUACAACGAAGGGGAUAUACAAUUUAAAUAAAUUAUUCUAAAAUGGCUUAGAUUGCAUUGUCAAGUUUAUUUUUAACACUAACGCUGUGUUCAGUACGACUUCAGCAGAAAUGGCGGAAGGUACUAAGAAGAAAAUUUUCCUGUGGACAACACCCAGAUCAUGUUCAACAGCAUUUGCAAGAGCAAUGGCUGCAAGACAUGAUACAAAAGUUAUACUAGAACCAUAUGUUUCAUGCUACUACUAUUCAUCUGAGAAACAAAGCGACAGAUAUGAAGAAAAUUCACACGAAGGUUAUACUUUCAAAGAAUGUAAGGAAUUAUGUGAAGAGGAACCGUCUGAGAAAUACGUUUUCAUCAAAGAUAUGGCUUAUCAGCUAGGAGGAAGAUACGAUGCUAUUCCAGACGGAUUUCAACACACAUUUCUCAUUAGGAAUCCAAAUAAAACUGUCAGAUCACUUCAUGGUAUAAUAACGAAAGGAGAGGACCCCGAUUGGACUAGUUUCAACAAGACAGAAGUUGGAUUUAAACAAUUAAUGGAACUUUUUAAACACAUUACUAAAGUUCUAGGACAUGAGCCAAUAGUAAUUGAAGCCGAUGAUUUAAUCAAUAAUUCAGUUGGUAUACUCAAAAAGUACUGUCAGAAGGUCGGAAUGGACUAUAAAGAUAGUAUGGUGGAAUGGGACGAAUCAGCAAAAAGUUUUCAAAAGCUUCACAACAAACAAUGGCAUCCGUGGCGUAAAAAUCUUAUUACUACAAAGAAAUUUGAAGAUACUCUAAAAGGAAAAGAGCAAGAAAUGAAUCUUCCGGAAAUUUAUCAGGAAGCUAUUAGAGAAAGUAUGGAUGUUUAUCACGAAUUGUACAACUACAAACUAGAACUAGAUUAAUAAAAAUAAAAAAAGUAGAAAUAGCAAAGGUUUAAAGAUUUAGAUUAAAACAAAUUUCUAUUAAAAUUUUCUGCGUGUAAAUUUUAGAAAUUCUGUUUUAGACCAAAUACAAUUGUGUUUUGAAAAUGUUAACAAUAGCGUUGCUUGAAAAGUUUGAAGUGCUU